AAAAGCCCAUCCACACGGAACUAUUUAUUUUAAGCCUAAAGGGAGCAUUUAGAAGAUCUAUUCAAAAUGGGGGCCCUAGACGAGUCUACACCUGUUCCCUCCAGAAUAACCCUGCAGCUGAUGAAACAAAAAAAAAAAAGCGCAUUUCAAGGCUACUCCCUGUUGAAAAAAAAAAGUGACGCGCUCUUCAUUCACUUUAGAGAUGUACUGAAGGACAUUGUGAAGACAAAAACCAAAGUGGGUGAAGAAAUGGGGAACGCCUCCUUCUCAUUAGCCAAGGCAGUGUGGGCCGCCGGCGAUUUUAAGGGACAAAUUAUUGAAGGAAUAAAGAGACCCGUUGUAACCCUAUCCCUAUCUACCAAUAAUGUGGCCGGCGUGAAGCUUCCCAUUUUCCAAGUGCACAUAGAUCCCACCGUUGACGUCUUGGGCAACUUAGGAAUUGCUUCAGGAGGACAAGUGAUAAAUAAUACGCGAGAAAAUUAUUUGCAGUGUCUAAAUAUGUUAGUCAAAUUGGCAUCUAUGCAGGUGGCCUUUUUUUCGCUCGAUGAAGAAAUAAAAAUGACCAACAGGAGGGUGAACGCCCUAAAUAAUAUCGUGCUACCCCGGCUGGAUGGAGGAAUAAAUUACAUCAUAAAAGAACUAGACGAAAUAGAAAGGGAGGAAUUCUACAGGCUGAAAAAAAUAAAAGAAAAAAAAAUUGAUAAGUUAAAAGAUACAAAUGUAGAACACCUACCUGAUGAGGAUAAUCAAGAAAAUGCAAAGAGGCAUGACAAUUUUGCCACGUCACAGAAGGAUGACGACGUUAUAUUUUAA